AUGGCUGUGGCCCUGGGUUGUGCAAUCCAGGCUUCCUUGAAUCAGGGCUCUGUGUUUCAAGACUAUGACGCGGACUGUGAAGUCUUCCGCCAGCGCUUCAGGCAGUUCCAGUACAAAGAAGCAGCCGGGCCUCAUGAAGCCUUCAACAAACUCUGGGAGCUUUGCUGUCAAUGGCUCAAGCCAAAGAUGCGCUCUAAGGAACAAAUCCUGGAGCUGUUGGUGUUGGAGCAGUUCCUAACCAUCCUGCCCACAGAGAUAGAGACCUGGGUGAGGGAACAUUGCCCAGAGAAUAGAGAAAGAGUUGUGUCGCUGAUAGAAGACUUACAGAGAGAACUUGAGAUUCCAGAUCAGCAGAUCGAUAGGCAGGAAAUGCUCUUGGAAGAACUGGCACCGGUGGGAACGGCACACGUACCACCAAACAUCCACCUGGAGUCACCCCCACUCCAAGUAAUGGGACCUGCCCCGGAGGGCCCAGUGGCAGAGCCUUGGAUCCCACAGGCAGGGCUGCAGGAGCUGAGCUAUGGUGCCGCUGAGGAGUGCCAGCCCUUCCUGGACCCCGGGUAUCCAAUACCAAAGCUGGACGUGAACUUUUCAUUGGAGCCUCGAGAAGAGGCAUGGGUGAAGGAACUACAAGAUUCCAAAGAAAUGAAACAGUUACUUGACUCCAAGAUAGGUUUUGAGAUGGGGAUAGAAAAUGAAGAAGAUUCUUCAAAACAGAAAAAACUGGAGAAUAUGUAUCCAUUUAUUGUUACUUUAGAGGGGAAUGCUCUCCAUGGGCCCAUUUUGCAAAAAGACUAUGUACAGUUGGAAAAUCAGUGGGAAAGUCCCCCGGAGGAUCUACAGACAGAUUUAACAAAACUGGUAGAUCAUCCGAACCCCUCUGCAGGAGAGAAACCUGAGAAUUCCAACUUAGAAGAGCCUCUCGACCCCAGACCCCAGAAGAAAAAGAGUCCAGGGGACAAACCUCACCGAUGCCCUCAGUGUGGAAAAUGCUUUGCGCGGAAGUCGCAGCUUACAGGGCACCAGAGAAUUCACUCUGGAGAGGAACCGCAUAAAUGCCCUGAGUGUGGAAAAAGAUUCCUUCGUAGUUCAGACCUUUAUAGACACCAACGGCUUCAUACCGGGGAGAGGCCCUACGAAUGCACUGUGUGUAAAAAGCGAUUCACUCGACGGUCACACCUUAUAGGGCACCAGAGAACGCAUUCUGAAGAAGAAACCUACAAAUGUCUUGAGUGUGGGAAAAGCUUUUGUCAUGGAUCGAGUCUCAAAAGACAUCUGAAAACUCAUUCGGGUGAAAAACCUCACAGAUGUCACAGUUGUGGGAAAAGUUUCAGUAGACUGACGGCUCUUACUUUGCAUCAGAGAACUCACACCGAAGAAAGACCUUUUAAAUGUAAUUACUGUGGGAAAAGCUUUAGACAGAGACCGAGCCUUGUUAUUCAUUUAAGAAUUCACACAGGGGAGAAGCCAUACAAGUGUAGUCACUGUUCUAAAAGCUUCAGGCAGAGGGCAGGCCUUAUUAUGCACCAGGUCACUCACUUUAGAGGACUUCUUUAA